GUCUGGGUUGCCUAUGCCCAGCGGUGGCUCUAAUCGCCGCGUGCCCCCGGCAAGGCAGUCAUCAGGUGACGACGCGGCGUUACAAGGUCACGCUGAACCGCCCGGGGCGUUCGCGGCGGCCCUUGCCACGGUGGUGGCGGCAUUGGGUCCGCUCGCCGCGGCCCCGGAGCUCGAGGGCGGGUCCAGGGAGGCGGCGGACGGCGCGGGCGCAGGUGCCUUUUCAGCCGCCCAGAGGGUUGCACGCGCGUGCCGGGAGCUGGGGGCGGCCGCAGCGCAGCUGCAUUUACAGCCAAGGCGGGACGAGAGUUUGCAGUCACCUCGCACGCCGGCCUUAGGUCGGGCUGGGCACACGCCAUUUUUGUUGUCCGGGGCCCCUCCCCCUUUUCUGCCCACAGAUGUUCAAGCGGAUGCAAGGGUGUCGGAAUCGGAGGACGAGGAUGUUACAUAUGUCGCGACUGAGGAGUCUGGAUCUGACCAAUCUACGGCUUCAGGUCAUCGAGCCGGACUGGAAGGUCUAGCACUACGUUCGGUAGCGCCAUCCACGCUUAAGGCUUACAAGCAGGCCUGGGGCGAAUGGGAAGAAUUUGCUAGAGGACGGAAGCAACGAGGUAAGAGCGGGCAUCGGAUGAUGCUUUCUUUUAUUUGGCAGCUUUAUGUUUCGGGUAGGUCUAGAGCGGUGGUGUCCCGGUACUUGGCUGGCAUUGCAUUCUUCUGCAGAAUUAAGGGUGUUCCCGAUUUGACGAAAAGUGGCAUUCUGCUUAAGGCUAUGAAAGGAUGGGCGCGCGUGGCGCCUACGCCGCCUGACAGAAGGCGGCCCAUUGAUGCGGCGUUGCUGCCAGGCAUCAUUGGGUCGGUUGGAGCCAUCGCAUCAUCUAUGUUUGAAUCGCUGCUUUUUAGAUUGGCGUUCUCUAUGGCUUACCACGGCGCCUUUAGGAUAUCGGAGUUGGUAGCGCCUUCUAAGCAAACUGAUUCGCGCAUGCUAGUAGAGGACGUAGUGGUGAGUGGGAGGUCCUUGCUGUGCAGAUUGCGACGCUCUAAGACGGACCAGGUGGGGAAGGGCCGAUGGGUCACCCUGGUUCCGGCACUUGAGGAGAGCAUAUGCCCAGUACAGUUGGCAGUACAAUAUGAGGCAGUGAGGCCCGACUGUCGGGGGUCGUGGUUGCUGCACUAUGACGGGCUGCCAGUAACGAAGUUCCAAUUUCGGUGGAUGAUGGGUCGCUGUCUGACGAGCAUGGGCCUUUCCCCCUCCCACUUCGGUACACACUCCUUCCGCAUUGGGGCUGCUACGGCGGCAGCGGCCGCGGGUUUUUCGGGAGCCCAAAUCCAGGCGGUGGGACGAUGGAAGUCGUCCUGUUAUAAGCGGUACAUUCGCCCCGUCGCCUGAGAUACUUUGCUUAAGCGUAGCUUGCAUCAAUAAGUUAGAGUAAGAUAAUGUUUUGCUUGGUGUUAUGCAUAUGUUAUGUUCGCUGUAUGUUGGUUCGUUUACCCGUGUGUGAUCCUACUCAGGGAUUAGCCACUUGCCGCUGCGGGCGUGAGCCGGCAGCGGGGGUCUGGAGUUAUUUUGCGAUUUUUGCCUGACUUGACGGACUGAAUUCUAAUCUUUAAUUCGGCUAAUCUGUUCUAAUCAAAGUCCCUCAGCAGGUUUUUAUGCUUUCACCUCCAGCUGAGUUAUUUCAUGUUUUACCCCUUUUUAUACCCCCCCCCCCCUUGUUAAUUUCGUUUUGAUUCUUUUGCCUUUCCCUUAAUGUCUUAAUGCUUUUACUUCAAAUUGGCUAGGAGCUCGGGAGAUCGGCUAGGCCGUGACCGCUGCGACAUUAGGAAACAAUAAAAAAAAAAUUCUUUUGGCAGAUCCUUCAGGUUAACAUAAUACAUGCUAUGGCGUAGAAUUAUAGUAACACAUUUUACCCCUUUUUCCUUCCAUUCAGGUUGUUUCGCUGAUGGCUUGUCCGUUUGGGUGGUCGGCCACUCGUAUGUCUUCUGGGCAGCAAGGUUUUUGGCCUCUGAUACUUCUCAGAGGUUUCCUAGAGGUCAGGGAAUCAGAUGGCUUGGUUGGCGAGGUAUGAUGUGGACAGAUCUAUUGAGUAGACUAGUCAGUCAGGCCAGGAAGCAUGGAGUUCCCAAGGUUUUGGUUGUCGACUUAGGUGGCAACGACCUAGGGAAGAGGACUUCCUUGGAGCUACGGUGGGCCAUGAUACAAGAUCUGGCAAAGGUGGCCGCAGCAUGGACCAAUUGUAUAUUGGUAUUUUCCCUGAUGGUGCCAAGGUUGAGUUGGCGAGGUGUGGAGGACGGACGCGUAAUAGAUGAGGCCAGGAUAAAGGUGAAUGGGGCGGUGGCGAAGUGGGUCUUGGCCCACGGAGGUAAAGUCGUUCGCCACCCUAAGAUUCGGUUCCGAGACAAACACCUUUUUCGGCCUGAUGGUGUGCAUCUAUCCAAUGAGGGGAUGAUGUUUUUCCUAGAGGAUCUGUUCCUAGUGUUGCAGGAGUUAGGGUAGUUUAUGGUGGCGGUGCGAGGACUCUGGGAUGGAGUCCUUCGCUGUUGGCGGAAAAGAACGGCAGUUUGUAGUUGUAUGGUUUUUUAUAGGUAGUAAGUUUCAGUGUUAUUAUGGUUUAGGUGCACUCACCUCCAUCGACUUAAUGGCCGCUCGACCACCCAUCCGGGAGGCAGCGGCAGGGCACCCAGGAGCGGUGGGAAGUCACUGUGGGGGUUGUGUUGACACCUAUUACCGGUUUGGAUAGGGUGCUGGACGGUUCCGGUCAGUUUACCAAUUUAAGUUUACCAAUAGUUUAAUAGAGCCGUUCUUUUUUCUGCCACCAUUAUGCCGGCUGAUUCGGCAUCUUAACAAAAUUUUCCCAAUUACAGGUUUUGCUAUGGUUAGGGUCAAAUAAAUAGCUAGCAAUUUUUCUGCCAAAAUCAUGUCUCCGUGUCUUUAUUUACUGGUAUAGAAGGUAACUAAGGUUUACUUCAAUAAAAGGGGUCCACCAAAUAUCACUAGGAUGUUUAGGAGAGAGAAUUGACUACAUAGGAGAGUAAUGAGUUAAACAUCCUGUGAGGGGUGGACCUAGCUGUGAGGUAGUACAGCCUUAGGAAAAGGGGGAGGGUUAGGGUAUAUAUAGGCUGGAGUGGCCAUUUUAGGUCUCUUUGCUUGCUGAAAUUUCUUCCCGCCCUCCCGCCCUAAGGGUAGAGGUUGUUUUGUUUGACGCGGAGUGCAUUGGCGGUUAAUUGAUUAGCUGUUUUCAUUCGUUGGCUACUUAUAGGCGGAAAAGAACGGCAGUUUGUAGUUGUAUGGUUUUUUAUAGGUAGUAAGUUUCAGUGUUAUUAUGGUUUAGGUGCACUCACCUCCAUCGACUUAAUGGCCGCUCGACCACCGAUCCGGGAGGCAGCGGCAGGGCACCCAGGAGCGGUGGGAAGUCACUGUGGGGGUUGUGUUGACACCUAUUACCGGUUUGGAUAGGGUGCUGGACGGUUCCGGUCAGUUUACCAAUUUAAGUUUACCAAUAGUUUAAUAGAGCCGUUCUUUUUUCUGCCACCAUUAUGCCGGCUGAUUCGGCAUCUUAACAAAAUUUUCCCAAUUACAGGUUUUGCUAUGGUUAGGGUCAAAUAAAUAGCUAGCAAUUUUUCUGCCAAAA